AUGCAGAUCCCUGUCGAUUGUAAAACUCUCUGUGACGAAGUAGUAACCAUUCCCCCGGAAGAUGCCAAAUUUAUUAACGCUCGCAUUCGGGAGAACUACGUUAUAAAUUGGCUCAUUGAUGGUCUUCCGGCAGCAACCAGUAUGGCAGAUGGCAAGAAACUUUACUCUGGAGUUGGAUUCGUUUUAGGUCAGCUAAACGGAAAACCGGAAUUCAAUAAUCAUUACGCGAUUACCGUCAAGGUGCAUCAACAGGAAGAUAAAUAUAGAGUUGUGGGCGUUUUCGUUCGACCUGCAAGUCGUAAGUAUUCAACGACUGGAAAGGCUGCUUGCAACGCUCCAUUGCCGGCUCUCUCUCUAGACGAGGACAAGGAUAAUAAAGUGAUUUUUACUUACGAAGUGAAAUGGGAAUUGGAUCCACAAAUUCAAUGGGCGACUCGAUGGGAUAGCUAUCUCCACGUCUUUGAUCCAAAAAUCCACUGGUUCAGUCUAGUCAAUUCAAUCGUUAUCGUACUAUUCCUAACUGGAAUGGUAGCCAUGAUCUUGCUCCGUGCAUUGCAUAAGGAUAUCUCGAGAUACAAUCAACUCGAUUCUCAGGCAUGUUUGGGUUUGGCAGAGAUAAAAAUGCGUUGGAGGGGAAAAGGGGAGAAGAAUGAGGAUGUACAAGAAGAUUUUGGAUGGAAGUUAGUACACGGAGAUGUUUUUCGACCUCCUUCCAAUGUCAUGCUAUUAUCCGUAUUAUUGGGCAACGGUAUACAGCUAUUCUGCAUGACAGCAGUUACUCUCGUUUUUGCCGUACUUGGUUUCCUUUCUCCUUCAAAUAGAGGUUCGCUUGCGACGGUCAUGAUAAUUUUCUAUAUGCUCUUUGCAAGUGUAUCCGGAUAUGUUUCAGCCCGCGUAUACAAGAUGUUCGCCGGAAAGUCUUGGAAUAAGAAUAUUAUAAUGACUGCUACGCUACUCCCAAUUUUGAUAUUUUCCAUACUAUUCACCAUCAACUUCUUCCUUGUGGGAGCAAAUUCAUCUGGCGCUGUACCUGCAACUACUAUGAUCGGUACUAUUGUUUUGUGGUUCCUUAUAUCUGUUCCGUUGAGUUGCAUCGGAUCCUAUAUUGGAUUCAAAAAACCAGCUAUUGAACAUCCAGUUAGAACAAAUCCAAUUCCGCGACAAAUUCCCGAUCAAGUCUUCUACCUUCGUCCUAUACCUUCCAUGCUUAUGGGAGGUGUACUUCCAUUUGGUGCGAUUUUCAUCGAAUUGUAUUUCAUCAUGAGCAGCAUCUGGGGAAGCAAGAUAUAUUAUCUCUUUGGAAUUGCAUCUUUGGUGUUUGUUAUUUUGACCAUUACUUGUUCCGAGGUCACUAUAUUGCUAUGCUAUUUCCAUCUCUGCGCUGAGGAUUAUCAUUGGUCAUGGAGAGCAUUCUUGACGUCAGGCGCAUCUGGGUUGUAUAUUUUCUUGUAUUCGAUUAUGUACUAUACAACCAAACUCCACAUAACAUCGUUCACGAGCAUUGUUGUAUACUUUGGAUGGACUUCAGUAAUGAGUUUACUGUUCUUUAUACUGACGGGUGCCAUUGGAUAUUUUGCAUGUUUGGUGUUUAUUCGCAAGAUCUUUGCGAGCAUUAAACUCAAGGAGUGGGCGUGGAUGCCAGAUGUAGCCGAGACGAAAGAUGACUCAUUCAACGAUAAACUCUCAAAACUUGCAGCACCAAUGCUAAAAAAGGAACCAUCAUCAAUGGAAAUACGAUUAACCCGAUUUUAA